AUGACUGGACGCGGUAAAGGAGGAAAAGGACUUGGAAAAGGAGGAGCGAAGCGGCAUCGUAAAGUACUCCGGGACAACAUUCAAGGCAUUACCAAACCGGCCAUUCGUCGUUUAGCUCGUCGUGGCGGUGUGAAACGUAUUUCAGGCCUUAUCUACGAAGAAACCCGAGGAGUACUGAAAGUGUUUUUAGAAAACGUGAUUCGAGACGCCGUCACCUACACCGAGCACGCUAAGAGAAAGACUGUGACCGCCAUGGACGUCGUCUACGCUCUUAAACGCCAAGGCCGUACUUUGUACGGUUUCGGAGGUUAA